AUGGGGGGUCCUGGGGCCCAGUCCAGCCAGUUCAUCGCUGAUGUCCCUUCCGGAGCCUGGCCCACCACACCCCUGGUGGUGCUGAUGGGCUGGGUGGGGGCCAGUGACCGAGCCCUUGGCAAGUACGCCCGCGUGCUGGCGGACUGGGGCUACCCCAGCGUGCGCUCGGUGGUCCCCACAGCCUACGUUCUCUGCGGCCAGGCAGGCGCGUGCGAUGCAUGGGCCCAGAGCAUGCUGGAUUUUAUGCAUGACCAGGGACUGGUCCAGGGCCGCCCGCUGGUGCUGUACGCCUUCAGCAACGGCGGUGCCGCCAUCGUCGCAUCCAUGGCGCGCAUCUGCAGAUCCGAGGAUAGGUACAAAUCGCUGUGGCCCCGGGUGGCAGCGUGCAUCUUUGACAGCGCCCCCGCCCAAGGGUCCCCGGCCAUGCGGCACCGGGUGCUGAACACCAUCGUGCCGCCGGGCCUCUCGCGCACGGCAUGGGCCCUACGGCUGCACUGGCAGAAUCUGAAGGACAUGAUGUCCUCCAGAUCCUUCCAGGAUGACUUCUGGACGGAGAUGCUGAACCUCGGGUCCGCCCCCCCGCACAUGCCGCUCCUGUACCUGUACAGUGCCGACGACCCCCUGACCGACGCCGCCAAGCUGGACGCGCUGCUGGCGCAGAAGCGGGCGCUGGGCCACGACGUGACCGCCAGGCGCUGGGCCUCCUCCCCCCAUGUCAUGCAUUUCAAAGAUCACCCGGAGGAGUAUCUAGCACGGCUGUCGGCCUUCCUGCAAAGAGUGGCGCCGGCCCGCGGAGGCACCGUACGCAUCGUCGCCCGCCUUUGA